AUGGAGCCUUCUGAAGAAACUGUACAGAUUAACCAGGAUAACUUUUUAGAAGUUCCUACUUUAUCUGAUUCUCUUUCUGAAGAUGAAGAAAUUAAAGAUGCCAUCAAGCCCCCCUUCUCCCCUCUCCCAAGGCGACGAGGCUCUGAUUCUUCUGGAUCAGAUUAUCCAUACCUGGAUACUCCUUCAGGUUCGCGAAGAGUUUCAUUUGCUGAUACCUUUGGAUUCAAUCUUGUAUCUGUUAAAGAAUUUGACAGUUGGGAGUUACCAGGAGCAUCAUCACAUUUUGACUUAAGGGAUGAUGUUUUCCACACAGAGGAAUAUAUUUUAUCUCCACUGUUUGAUUUGCCUUCCUCAAAAGAAGUGCUGAUGCAGGAGUUGCAGGUUCAGAAGGCAAUCCUGGAGUCGAUGGAGUUCCUCACUGGGGCUACAACUAUGAAGGGCAUUAUCCGAGUUUUGAAUGUUUCUUUUGAGAAGUUAGUAUAUGUUAGAAUGUCCUUAGAUAACUGGCAGUCACAUUAUGACAUUUUAGCCAAGUAUGUCCCUAAUUCUUGUGAUGGGGAAACUGAUCAAUUCUCCUUUAAGAUUUCACUGGUUCCUCCUUAUCAAAAAGAUGGCACUAGGAUUGAAUUUUGUAUACGCUAUGAAACUUCUAUUGGCACAUUUUGGUCAAACAACAAUGGCGAAAACUAUACGUUGGUCUGUCAAAAGAAGGAAAGGGAGGAAGAGCCUGAAAAAUCAUGGGAAGUAAUAACUAACAGACAGCUAAGAGGCUGCUUAAAGGUAAAAUCAAGCAAAGAGGAAUCAGAAAUAUUAGAGGAGAAUAACUGUAAUAAUUCAAAGACUACAGAUAUAUCUCUCCCAAUAAUCAUUUGUUCUCAUGAGGAUAAGGAAGACAUGGAAGCCAGUAGUCAAAAUGUAAAAGAUGUAAACAAGGAAUAUGAUGAACACAGCGAAAAAGAAUUAGAGCUGAUGCUAAAUCAGUACUCAGUAAGAACUAGAAGUUCUACCAGAGAUGAAAGCUCAUUUGCAACAGAGCCAGUUACUUUUCCAAAUACAGCUGAACAGUUUGAGAAUCGGCGAACCCUUGGUGAGAUAAGUGGAGACUUGUUCAGGAGGCCUUUGUCUCCCAGUUCAUCAGCAGAAAAUCCCUCAAGGGGAGGAUCGUACAGCAACCCAAAGCAUGCCUUGAGAAAUGAAGUUAGUCACCAAUUGGCAGAGGAACUUACUUCGGAUCUAGCAAACAGCCGCAAACCAUCAUUGAGAUACACUGAUAGCGGUGAGACCUCUCCUUUACUUGGAAGUCUCCUUGCAAGGCAACAGGAUGAACAUUCUCAUUUUCUGGAUGAAUCAGAAAGGCAAGGAAUAAAAAGGGUGGAUAUUUCAAAAAGUAAAACAGAUGGUGCAAUGAGAAAUGAGAUGGUGGAUAGAUCAUUUACCAGCCAGGGGAAUGCUCAUAGCUACAAAAAGAACCAUGAAAUGACAUUGGAAACAGUUUUUUCAGAGGAUGACAAAUUAGUGCCAUUAGGCACCAGUGGCAUGGAAGUACUGGAUGAUAAUGCCAAUCCAGCAGGAGAGGGUCAGAAAAUACAAGCAUCUUGUCCAACUGCAUAUUUGCCCUUGGCAGGCAAUGCUGAUCAAGACAAAGAAGGAGAAAGAACCAAGAAAAUUGAAGUCAAAGACUGGGAAUGUCCAACAAGAGAGUCUCUUGCCUAUAUACCUGCCCAUAUGAAUGCUUCCAAAGAACGCCCAGUUACAGAAAAGAGAACGUCUAGAAAAGGGUGUAGGAAUGGUAAAGAAAAGGAGGAACAAAGAAUCAAGUUUAGCAUUAGUGAAAGGCAAAAUGAAAGUGUACCAUCAAUCUCAACUGACAACCAUGGGAGAAAAGGGCAUCCUGAAAUAAGUGUUAACGUGAGUCAAGCUAGUAAUAGAUACUUAUGUGACCCUCAGAGCAAAGUAAAUGAAAUCUCUGCUAGCUCCUGUGACUUGGCACCCAAAGUUGAUAGAUCACAUUCUCUCAGAACUGAUUUAGCUAGCCCCAACCAUGUGUUUACAAGCCAAAGGAGUGGUCUAGUGAAUUCAGAAGGCACCACUCCAGAAAGAAUGCAUGGCCAAGUUUGCUCAUCAGAAAAUGUAAAUGUCUUGCAAACAGAUCUGUAUCCUUCCCAGGUUCAAAGAGAGAAAUCAGAUAGGAAUAUUCCUGACAAUCAGAAUAAGAUUGCAUGUGGAAAUCAAAGUUGGAAUGUUCUGGAAAGUCAGGUAGUUUUAAAAGAGAGUAAGACGAAUAGAACAGAACAGAUCAAGGAGCAAGCAGAUGGUGAAGACAUGUGGGAAAUAAGAGAUAAUACAAGGAACCUGAAUGUUACUCCUACAGAAGAAUUGUUUACCUGCCAAGAAACAGUGAGAUGUGAACUGUCUUCUGUAGCUGAUCAUGGUAUUACCGAGAAAGCAGAAGCAGGUACAGCUUAUAUAAUUAAGACAACAUCAGAAAGUACUCUAGAAAGCAUGUCUGCUAGAGAAAAAGCAAUAAUUGCUAAGCUACCUCAAGAGACUUCUCUAAGUGACAGGCCCACUGAGGAAAAGGAAACAGCGUUUGAUUCACAUGAAGGGAGAAAUGAUGAUUCACAUUAUAUCCUUUGUCAUAGAGAUUCAGUGGAUGUAAUCCAUGACACUGACUUUGAAAAGAAAUCACAUUUAGGUAUUUAUAAUGUACACAUAGAUGAAACACAAAAGGAAGAAACUAUGUCUCAGUGCAAUUCUGGGGAAAUACUUGACAGGGUAGAGCAUGGCAUUAGAAAUAUUGCAACUGUAGGAGAAUCUCUGCAGGUCACUCCUGAGAGUGGAAAAGGAAGCUCAGAACUGGAUUUCUACUCAACACAAUUACCUACUGUCCCUAAAAUUUUGAAGAAAAAUAUAUGCCACACAGAUACCCAAGGACUCCCUCAGAAGAAUGCUGAUUUGGUUACUCUCACUCAUCAAAGUUUCGAUUCUGAAAGAAGCAUAUGUCCUCAAAAUGGCACUCCUGUUUCCACUUGUCCUAAUAAAACUCAAUCCAAUGAGGAAGUAUUCUCUACAGAGCAUCCAAUGGCUGCCAUGCCAUUCAAGUCUAUUUCUACCACAUCAGAGUGCAAAUGUGAUCCCCACAGUGAAGCCCAGCGUACUGAGAAAAACCAGCAUCCUGGGUCUGUACCUCAAGAAUAUGACAAGAGUUCAGUCAAAUUGACUUCCAGUGAUGGGAGAGAAAGGUUCAUAGCUGAAAGUUUCCAACAAGCAGAAAAUAACAUGGAGAAGUCUUUAGGGCCAAUGAUUUUAAUCAGUGAACCUAUCGAGGAGGUAGAAGAGACAAGUUGUGAAACUGCUGAGUUAAUAAGCUAUGGACACGAAUUCGCCUCCCCAGGCUUCAAGUCAGGUAACGAGUCUGACUCCUCCAGUCUCCCUGCCCAGGACAAUCAAAUUCUGGCCAGUGAGUCUCUGCUUUCAAAAUAUAUCAACUCGAAAAUACCAUAUUUCCUCUUGUUCAUUCUGUUUCUCCUAACAACCUACUAUUAUGACUUAAUGAUUGGCUUGGCAUUCUACCUUUUUUCAUUGUACUGGUUAUCUUGGGAAGGAGGGCGACCCCAAGAACCUGUCAAAAAGAAGUAA